GUCGUCUCGUCGUCUUCCCUCCGACGAGAACCGCCGUUCCGGCGAAGGAAAAAAGCGCGCGAAACCCAUCCUUCCUCCGCCGAAUCGAGAUGACGGGCAAGCAGAAGCAGCAGGUGAUAUCGCGCUUCUUCACGCCCAAGCCCAAGACGCCGCCGCCGCGCGCGCCGGACCCCCCGCCGUCCUCCCCGUCCCCGUCGACCCCGCCUCCGAAGAUCGCCGCCGUCGUCUCCUUCUCCCCCGCCAAGCGCCUCCGCUCCUCCCACCUCGCCUCCCCGCUCAAGAAACCGAAGCUCUCGCCCCACACUCAAAACCCCGUGCCUUCGCUCCUCCAAAAGGUCCAUAGGAAAGAGACGCCGGAGCCGAGCUCCAAGAAGUACACGCCGCUUGAGCAGCAGGUGGUGGAGCUGAAAGAGAGGUACCCGGAUGUUCUUUUGAUGGUGGAAGUGGGUUACAAGUAUAGGUUCUUUGGGGAAGAUGCGGAAGUGGCCGCUAGAGUUCUGGGGAUUUAUGCUCACGUGGAUCAUAGCUUCAUGACUGCUAGCAUACCAACUUUUCGACUUAAUGUCCAUGUGAGGAGGCUUGUGAAUGCUGGGUACAAGGUGGGUGUGGUUAAGCAGACCGAGACCGCGGCUAUCAAGGCUCACGGUUCGAAUCGGUUAGGCCCGUUCUGUCGCGGGUUGUCAGCCUUGUAUACGAAGGCCACGCUCGAAGCGGCCGAGGAUAUGGGGGGUAAGGACGAGGGGUUUGGUGGGGAGAGUAAUUAUCUGGCUUGUGUUGUGGAGGAGAAUUUGUUGGUGAAGAAUAGGGAAUGUGGCGUGGAGAGCGGGUUUGAUGUAAAAAUUGGUGUUGUUGCUAUUGAGAUUUCCACAGGGGAAGUUGUUUUUGGAGAGUUUAAUGAUAAUUCGAUGAGAAGCGGGCUGGAGGCUAUGAUUCUAAGUUUGUCACCGGCUGAGUUGCUUCUUGGAGACCGACUUUCGAAUCAAACGAAGAAGUUGUUACUCUCUUAUGCUGGGCCUGCCUCAAAUGUUCGUGUGGAGCAUGCUCCUCAAGAUAGCUUUACAAAGGGAGGUGCACUAGCUGAAGUGAUGACUAUUUAUGAGAGUAUAAAUAGUGUCAACACAUCAGUUACUGAAAUGCGAAGUGGAGACAACGAACAGGAGAGUAGAAGCUCAGCAGUGGAGGUAAUGAUGAAUAUGCCAGAUUUGGCUGUCAAAGCAUUGGCCUUAUCGAUACGUCAUCUAAAGCAAUUUGGUUUUGAAAGGAUUCUGUGUCUUGGAGCAGCUUUUCGGCCCUAUUCAUGCAAUAUGGAGAUGAGCCUUUCUGGCAAUGUAAUUCAACAUCUUGAGAUCCUGAGGAAUAACUCUGAUGGCUCUGAAGCUGGCUCCUUGAUGGAGAUUAUGAAUAACACUCUCACCAUCUACGGUUCGAGGCUUCUAAGGCACUGGGUGACUCAUCCUUUGUGUGAUAGAAGCAUGAUUUCUGCUCGCCUUGAUGCUGUUGCUGAGCUUGCAGAAUCAAUGGGGUCUUACAAAGUAACAGGAGAUACUACUGUGCUUGAUAAUGAGAGUUGGGAUGUGGAAGUAAAACAAGCGGAGCUCAAUUAUUUGCUUUCCUCAGUUUUGACAUAUUUGGGAAGAUCACCAGAUCUUCAACGUGGCAUAACUAGAAUCUUCUAUCGCACUGCCACUGCAUCAGAGUUUAUUGCAGUCAUGCAAGCUAUACUGCAUUCUGGAAAACAACUUCAGCGACUUCAUGUGGAGGAAGAGUUCAAUAACGAUGUGCUGCAUUUAAAGUCUGUCCGUUCUGUUUUGUUGAGAAAGUUGAUUUUGACCGCAUCAUCAGCUAGCAUGAUUUCCAAUGCUGCAAAACUACUUUCAGUUCUAAACAAAGAAGCUGCUGAAAAGGGGGACUUGUCCAACUUAAUUGUGAUAUCCGAUGGCCAAUUUCCUGAGGUUACUGCUGCCCGGAAAGCUGUUCAAGUGGCAAAGGAGAGAUUGGAGUCAUUGAUUGUUAUGUACCAGAAGCAACUUCGAAUGCGGAAUUUAGAGUUCAUGAGUGUCUCUGGAACUACACAUCUGAUAGAGCUCCCUGUAGAUGUAAAGGUUCCUUUGAAUUGGGUCAAAGUAAACAGCACUAAGAAAACAAUACGCUAUCAGCCACCCGAAGUCGUUACUGCUUUGGAUCAAUUGACAUUGGCAAAUGAAGAGUUGAUAAUUGCAUGCCGAACUGCUUGGGAUGGUUUUCUGCUAGGAUUUGGUAAAUACUACCCUGAGUUUCAAGCUUCUGUUCAAGCUUUAGCUGCUUUGGAUUGCCUACAUUCACUAGCUCUCCUUUCAAGAAAUAAGAAUUAUGUUCGUCCAAUUUUGGUCUACGACGAUGAUCCUGUCCAGAUAGAGAUAUGUUCCGGUCGUCAUCCAGUUUUGGAAACUUUAUUACUUGACAAUUUUGUUCCAAAUGAUACCAACUUGCAUGGGGAUGGAGAAUUUUGUCAGAUUAUAACGGGACCGAAUAUGGGAGGCAAGAGUUGCUAUAUCCGCCAAGUUGCCCUCAUUGCUAUUAUGGCUCAGGUUGGUUCCUUUGUACCAGCAUCUUCAGCGAAAUUACAUGUACUUGAUGGCAUUUACACCAGAAUGGGCGCAUCUGAUAGUAUUCAGAAAGGGAGGAGCACCUUCCUCGAAGAAUUGAGCGAGGCUUCUCUUAUACUUCGCAACUGCACUCCACGUUCACUAGUAAUAAUUGAUGAGUUGGGCAGAGGAACUAGUACACACGAUGGUGUUGCUAUUGCUUAUGCCACACUGCAUUGUCUUCUAGAGAAGACAAGGUGCAUGACCCUCUUUGUCACACACUACCCCAAAAUAGCCGACAUCCAAAAUGAAUUCCCAGGGUCCGUUUCAGCAUAUCAUGUUUCAUAUCUGACAUCAAGCAAAGAUGCAAGAUCAGACGCAAGUUCUGAUUAUGAGGAUGUUACCUACCUGUACAAACUUAGGCAUGGUGUUUCAGAAAGAAGCUUCGGAUUCAAGGUUGCUCAGCUUGCACAGAUACCACCUUCUUGUAUAAAUCGAGCCACUGAAAUGGCUUCAAAGCUCGAGGCUGUCAUGAGUAGUAGGUCAGAGAAUGGGUUGAUGCAGACAAAGGCUGAACAAGAAGCAGAAAGAGAAAAGAAAAAGUCGAGGCCUUGCUUUCUCCAAAGUCUGGAGUAUUGGGAUACUGUUUACAAGGAAUUCCUUUCAAACCUAAGAUCUGCUUUGGAAGAGGAGGACGCAGCAAAAAGAUUUCAGUUCUUAAUUAACGCUAGAACUCUGGCAAAGCAGUUGACACUAGAUCCUCAUAACUUGAUCUCGGAUACCCAAGUUCGACAAGAUUGAUUUGAUUCGACUGUACAGUAAGCAUACUACGGACAUGGUGGUGGAGAAACACGAGAGACACGAACAGGUUCAACUGUUUAUGAUUCUAGUAAAUAGGAUUAAAAUGUGUAAAAUUUUGUGAAAGAGGGCGCUCCUUUUCCUUGUUACCCUGUGUUUUCCUCAAAGCAUCCGCACAGAUGACUUCGUCUAUUCAUAUGAUUUGGUGCACAAUGUCUGAGCUGUACAUGUUCUGGUGCAGACAAACGCAAUUUUGUACAUCUACAUGCCGUUCUGUGUUUGUAUACAAUGUUCUUUGUUUUAA